CUGGGCAGCAUGAAGACGCUCACCUUGUUCCUCCUCCUCCUGUGCGGUCUGGCCUGGGGUCCCUUGGCCGACGCCGCUGUCUUCCUGGAGACGCGACCCACCCUGUGGGUAGAGCCCGGCUCGCUGCAGGACCCUUGGGCGCAUCCGGAGCUGCUGUGCCAGGCUCGCUUGGGGACCACAGCUUUCCAGCUCUACAAAGAUGGCGUGGCCCUGGAGCCUGUGCACCUUGACAUCCCUGCUACAGAGAAACGCUUUCCCCUCGGCGCCGUGACCGCAGCCACUCGCGGCCUCUACCGCUGCCGCUCCGGCCUGGGCGACAGCUGGACCCCACUCAGCAACCUGGUGGAGGUGACUGGGCCAGGGUCCCUGCCUCCACCCUCGCUCCAGGCCACCACAGUGCCCUGGAUCACAGAGGGUCUGAAGCCUAGCCUACGGUGCCGCACGGAGUUUCGGCCAGUGACUCUCCUGCUGACACGAGAAGGCAGUGACCAGGUUCUGCAGGAGGUGAAGGCACCAGACACUGGGGAGGCCAUCUUCCCUAUCCAGCAGGCGGGCGACUACAGCUGCAGUUACCGCCUGAAUGCCUCGGGUGCAACUUCCCCGCCCAGUGCCUCCGUGCUCGUCCAAGAGCUGGCGAGACCACCGCCACCGACUCUGACACUGGGGUGGGAGCACUCAGCGCUCAGGCGCCCAGGUGAGGACGUGACCCUUCACUGCGUGGCGCCGCUGAACGGCGUGAGCUUCCAGCUGCGGCGGGGUGUGGAGGAGAAGCGCGUGGAGAUGAGCACCAGCUCCCCGGACAGAGUGUUCCUGCACUUGAAGGCACUGGUGCCCGGUGACGGUGGACUCUACACCUGUCGCUACCGGCUGCUGGGCGAGCAGAGCCACUGGUCUGAGGACAGUGCGCCCCUGGAGCUGCAGCUGAGUGAUGAGUCUCUCCCAGCACCCACGCUAUCUGUCGAGCCAGCGUCGCCCAAGCCCCGUCGCGGGGAUCAGGUGCAGCUGCAGUGCCGAGCACCCAGGGCUGACCUGCGGUUUGCCCUGCUUCGCCAGGAAGCCCACGGCCACCGUGUGCUGCAGUUUCUGAGCCCCACAGGUGCCGAGGCCCACUUCAAGCUGCAUGACAUCUCUGUGGCCGAUUCAGGCAACUACACUUGCCUCUACAUGGACCCCUCUUCGCCCUUCAAGGGCUCCAAGCCCAGUGCGCCUUUGGAGCUGUUGGUGGAUGGGCCCGCUCCCAAGCCACAGCUCCAUGCCCUGUGGAGUGGGGCUGUGACUGCAGGACGUGACGCUGUCCUGCGCUGCGAGAGCCCCGUGCCCAAUGUCUCCUACCAGCUGCUACGGGCAGGUGAGAAGAUGGCUUCUGUAGAACAACAGUAUGACGAUGCCUCAGUGAACUUCAAGCUGUCAAACAUAGGGCCCCAGCACGCCGGCAACUACAGCUGCCAAUACCGGUCCAGAGAGCUCAAUGCCUUCCUGUCAGAGCCUAGUAACCCUGUGGAACUUCGUGUGGCAGGUGAGGUUUCCAAGGGUUCAGUGAGCAACCUUUGCCCAGAUUGUGCCCAUUCAGUCACAGCCUUUGCCCAGAUUGUACCCAUUCCCUGAAUUUUAAGCACAUUGAAUAGUGAGCCUGGCCAGUUGGGGUCAGGGACUGCAGACUGGGAAAUACCAGUGAAAGCAGAGUCAGAGUGGCUCUGUCAUCUGGAAGGAGACCCUGGUAUUCCCAGGAGGACUCAGAAUGCACAUCACUCCGACCAUUUCUCUUGGCAAUCUCUCUAGGAAGUUGAUCCAACUGCAGACCAGGUGGUGGAUGUAUCCAUGGGAAGCAGUUUCUUCACUAUAGUUCCAGUGGUCCAUUUUUCUGGAGUUCAAUAAAGGUUUCCUGUGUGCCUG